GAGGGCCCUUGGAGGGCGGAGGGCGGGGCGCGGCGCGGGGCGGAGCGGGCCGACGGGGCUCUCCGCCCGCCCGAGGCUCUCUGGAUCUGGCCGCGUCCCGUCCGGCCAGGCUGAAUCGCGGCCAGAAGUGGGAGCAGCGCGCUGAGCGCUGGGGACGGCGCUUGGCUGAAAAGGCGCCCUCGGCCAGAGCGCCGGCCCAGGUGUGAGAGCCGGCGGCGCGGGGCUGCGGGAACGCGGCCACCCCGGCGGAGCGGCACCCGGGAACGCGGUGUUCAGCACCCGCCAGGGCGCUCCUUGGACUACUCCGCGCGUCUCCGGGAGCCAGAGCCCUGCAGGUGCCGCCUCUCCUCGCCCUCUAGCUGCAGCCGCCGGACCAUGGAGUCGCCGGUUCAGAUCUUCCGCGGGGAGCCGGGCCCCACCUGCGCCCCGAGCACCUGCCUGCUCCCCAACGACAGCGGCUGGUUCCCGGGCUGGGCCGAGCCGGACGGCAACAGCAGCGCGGGCUCCGAGGACGCGCCUCUGGAGCCCGCGCACAUCUCCCCGGCCAUCCCGGUCAUCAUCACGGCGGUCUACUCCGUGGUGUUCGUCGUGGGCUUAGUGGGCAACUCUCUGGUCAUGUUCGUGAUCAUCCGAUACACGAAGAUGAAGACAGCAACUAACAUUUAUAUAUUUAACCUGGCUUUGGCAGAUGCUUUAGUUACUACAACCAUGCCCUUCCAGAGCACGGUCUAUCUGAUGAAUUCCUGGCCAUUUGGGGAUGUGCUGUGCAAGAUAGUCAUUUCCAUUGACUACUAUAACAUGUUUACCAGCAUAUUCACCUUGACCAUGAUGAGUGUGGACCGAUACAUUGCUGUGUGCCACCCUGUCAAGGCUUUGGACUUCCGCACACCCUUGAAGGCAAAGAUCAUCAAUAUCUGUAUUUGGCUUCUGUCUUCAUCUGUUGGCAUAUCUGCAAUAGUUCUUGGAGGAACCAAAGUCAGGGAAGACGUGGAUGUCAUCGAGUGCUCCUUGCAGUUCCCGGAUGAUGAUUACUCCUGGUGGGACCUCUUCAUGAAGAUCUGCGUCUUCGUCUUUGCCUUCGUGAUUCCUGUCCUCAUCAUCAUUAUCUGCUACACCCUGAUGAUCCUGCGCUUAAAGAGCGUCCGACUCCUUUCUGGCUCCCGAGAGAAAGAUCGCAACCUCCGUCGGAUCACCAGGCUUGUCCUUGUGGUGGUGGCAGUCUUCAUCAUCUGUUGGACUCCCAUUCACAUUUUUAUUCUUGUGGAGGCUCUGGGGAGUACCUCCCACAGCACGGCUGCCCUCUCCAGCUAUUACUUCUGCAUCGCCUUAGGUUACACCAACAGCAGCCUGAACCCCAUUCUUUAUGCCUUUCUUGAUGAAAACUUCAAGCGGUGUUUCAGGGACUUCUGCUUUCCCAUUAAGAUGAGGAUGGAGCGACAGAGCACUAGUAGAGUCAGAAAUACACUUCAGGAUCCUGCUUACAUGAAGGAUGUUGAUGGGAUAAAUAAACCAGUAUGACUAGUCAUGGAGAUGUCUCAUAGUUCUCUAGGAAGAGAAGAGUUCAAUGAUCUAGGUUUAACUCAGAUUACUACUGCAGUCUGAGAUGGAAAGGGAAAAUUUUUAACAAACUUUUAGAAAUCUCAUGGUUUGACGUCAUAAGAUACAGGUUGCAUUAGUGACCCAGGUCAGUGGAAGCAUCAAGGUUGUAGGGAUGGAAUACAAAAGACCUGAGCAAGCAAAUACAACCCCUCUCUAGGGCAGGGAAGCAAAGUUGACUCCCAGUUCCUUUGAUGGUCAAAGAAACAAGCCUUUUUCUUCUGGUUACCCAGGUUUAGUUCAGGAGCCAUCUGCUGUGGCCUUCGUAUGCAAUGUGCUUUGAAAAACUCUGUUUAGAAAACAGGAAAAGAAAAAACAAAACAUAGGUUUCAGAGCUUAGUGGGCAUCCAAUUCAGAUGCUUGACAUCGACAGCAACAACCUCAGUAAGAACAAGUACCAUUUCCAGGGCCCAUGCCCAGCUCACUUUAUAGUAUUUGGACACACUUUUCAUGUGGCUAUGUGGUGAGGAUUCCAGCUUAAGUAUGACAUGGACCCACGCCUGGGAUGUGUGAUGUUUAUAGUAGAAAUUAUCUUGAUAUUUAUGAGGUUACUUAAACUUGCAAAAGGUGGUUUCCAACAUAGUUUAGUUUCUUGAAAACUAUAUUUUGUUUUUUUACCAUGCUAUUCAGAUAAAUAAUCUCAUGAUAAAGUGUGUCUUGAUGUUAAGAAACAUAAGGUAGUUUAGAUACCACCUAAAGUAUAUAUAGUUUCAUCUGUAAAUAAUGGUAUAUGUACACAUUGGGAAUCAGCUUGCCUUCCAGCCAGGCAGUUUCCCAAGGGCACACUAAGGAUGUACUAAAUAUUUGAGUUAUUUAGAGUUGAUGCUGAAACAUUUCGCUGCAACAUAAACUUCUCUGGGAAUCAGUCAUGGCACCAUAUCUUUCAGACUCCCUGAGCACCGUUUAGUUCUUUAACAGUGCUCAUAACUCAUGUGUUAAUGAAUCACGAAAUAUUUAACUUGCUUCCAGGUUGUAGCCUUGGCAGAAUCUAGUUUCUAUACCGCAUCUCUUUAUGAAUAUAUAGCUAUUACUAGAUUCUUUCUAUUCAUGGAGGGAGGGCAUUUUGCUCAUGUAGAUCUUGAGAUAUUAUUUAGUAGCAUUCAGCAGGAAGUACAAUUGUUCCUAAUUGUGGGCUGAAGGAGGACAUUAUGUCAUUUGUGUUGCUUGGACAUAUCUUGCACUGUGUUUAUGAAAAGCAUACCUGCUGGGGAUAAUGCCAUGAGCAGCACAUUUAGGGUAAUUUUCUUAAAACUUCUAGAUGAUAUAUAAAUUCCCUCUUCUUUCUCCUGAAACUUAGUUUUCAGAGGUAAUGGCUUUUUCUUUCAUUUGCCUGGGCAGAAGAAAGGGAUAAUUUAGAAAUAACACCCAUCUCUUCUUUAAGCCUAUAUGUUAUUAGGGUAGCACUUUCUGGAAUUUAGUAGGAAAAUCAGUUGUAAAGAUCUAAAUAACUAUAGACAUGACUACGUCUGUAAGUUCUGUUCACUGUGUGCUCUCUCUUGUGUAUAUAUUCUCUCCUUUUGGAAACAGACCUUGCAUUAAAGAUUUUAUAUGUGGCUUCAGAA